AUGGACGACACAAUGGAGGGCCCUCUGAGUCUACAGGAUGUAUUUCAUACCUUUCAACAUAAACACGUUUUCGUCACAGGCGGCCACACAUGUGAAGGCUAUCCCGUGCUCCACCUGCCCGACACAGGAACGCUGUGUCAGGUUCCUGACGAGGAUUUUCGGCGUCUUUUGAAAUAUCUGGCCGGAGUUCCGCUGCCGCACGAACAGGAUGCGGGCUUCGUCAUCAUCGUAGAUCGUCGAAGGGACAAGUGGAGCUCGGUCAAGACGGUGUUGCUCAAGAUUUCGGGGUUCUUCCCAGGGAUCAUUCAAAUCGUCUUCGUGCUCAAGCCCACCGGCUUCCUUCAGAAGGCGCUUUCCGAAGUGUCACACAAGCUCUUUAGAGACGAGUUCAACUUCCAGGUAGUGCUUUUAAGCUCAACUUCCGAGCUCCACUCGUACAUCCAUCCGUCCCAGCUCACCCAGGACGUCGGGGGUCAUCUCCCUUACGACCAUCGAUUGUGGUGCGACCAAAGACUCGCCGUCGAGAAGUAUUCGAUAUUCCUCGCAGAGCUCUCCGCCUCGAUUCGGGAGGUGUCUCGGCAUUUCCAAGAAACCGAACUUCCGAACGAUGCCGAUACGACAUACAACCUUCUCCAGGAUCAGGGCGGGGAAUACCAGAACUUGAAGGAUUCACUGCUGUCGGCGGCCCAGCGGGGGAAGGAUCUCCUCGCCAAGGUCCGGGUUCAGCCUCCCGAGGUCAUACCGUACAAUACGCUCGACCACGAGGACAUGCGACAGAGACAGCAGCGUCAAAGGCUCAAUGCUAAUGAGUGCUCCGUGCGUCAAAUGAUGCAGGAGCUCGUGCAGCAUGAAAGGAACCUUGAUUCCUUCUGGCUUCUGCACAAGGAACGAUUGAAUCAGUGCCUUCAGUUGCGGCGCUUCGAGGCGCAGUUCAAAGAAGUUCACAUGAAUAUGACGGCAAACAUCAGAGAUAUCCAAGACAUGACCGAGCUGGGGGAUUCAGUGAAAAGAGUGGACACUCUCAGAGAGGAACUCGAGAACUUCGCCAAAACAGUCGAGGAUGAUUUAGAGAAAGCGGACCACCUUCAGAGAAUCGGGUCACGUCUACUCGAGGGAGGUCAUUAUGCGAUGGAUUCGAUCGAGCCUAAAUGCGUGGAGCUAGAGAGGCUGUGUUUCGAUUUUAAAGAGAAGUAUAACUUACGGAAGGACAAACUUGUGAGGUACCGAGAUCUUCAAGAACGAGUCGAAAGAGCAAAUCGAUGGUGCACUGAAGGUAUCGAGCUGCUGGCUGGACUCCACAUCGAGAAGUGUACGUCACCGGAUUUCGCCGAGAAGGCUCUGAACGAUCUGAAUCGUUUCCUGGAUACGGCCAAGGAAUUCCGCAUGGGCGAUACGGAUGAGUUCCACAAAUACUUCGAGGACUUCAUAAACAGUGAGACGCGUCCGCUACUGCAACAGGUACUGAAGCGGAUAGAUGACGUUCGAGUGAUGUGCGUUAAUAGACAGACGUCCCUUAGGAAGCUCGCCUCUGUACGGUCCGCAUCGAAACCCGUACAGGCAGUGGCUCCCGAAAUGUCCCCUCCAGACAAGAGCAACUCAUCAUCCAGGACUUCGUUGAAAGCAAAGAUUGAAGUGCAGCUACCCUUGGAGAACCCCUGCGCCCCACAAGUCUCCCCGACAGAGGGUCUCAAAGAUAAAAGAGGACACGUGAUGAUGGAGCUGAUCGAGACGGAAAAGACGUACGUGUCCGAGUUGGAUUCCGUUAUCGAAGGCUACCAGAAGCAGAUGUCUAAUUCAGAACUGAAGCACAUGAUUCCCCCCACUUUGCAAAACCGCGCCGACGUCCUGUUCGGCAACAUGGCUGACAUCCUCGCUUUCCAUCGUGACGUAUUCCUCAACGAACUUCAAGCAUACCAGACACGACCCGAGCAAGUCGGGAGUUGUUUCGUCGAACGGAGUGAGGAGUUUCAUCACCUCUAUACAGUUUACUGUAUGAACAAACCUCGAUCAGAGGCUCUGCGGGCUCAAUGUGCCAAUGACGACGCUUUCUUCAAGGAGUGCCAGCGUCGCCUGAACCAUAAACUGCCUUUGGAUGCUUAUCUUUUGAAACCGGUCCAACGAAUAACCAAAUAUCAGCUCCUGCUGAAAGAUCUUCUUAAGUACACAACGCUUCAAGUGGCAUCAGACGAGAGCAGUACUCUGCAACUCCAACAAGCCGUCGAUACGAUGCUGGAUGUCCUCCGCCAUGUCAACGAUUCCAUGCAUCAAGUCUCCAUCACAGGUUUCCAUGGUACCCUUGCCGAUUAUGGGAAGCUGCUGCUCCAAGGUCCCUUCAACGUUUGGAUGGAGGAGAAGAAAAAGGAGCGAUCUGUCAAAGAUCUCCGAUUCAAGCCUUCGCGACGAUACAUUUUCCUCUACGAGCAAUUGAUCCUGUUCACCAAGCGGCAGGGCAGGGACGAAAAUCUUUUGUAUGCAUUUAAGAACGCGCUCAAGACUUCACAAAUCGGCCUGACUGAAAAUCUCAAAGGACGUGGCGACAAGCGGAAGUUUGAAGUUUGGCUGCAUGGUCGCUCCCAAGUUUUCACCAUCCAGGCCCCGUCCCUAGAAAUCAAAAGCCAAUGGAUCAACAGCAUCAAGACAGUCCUGCUCCAGCAGUUCGAACUUCUGAAAGAUGAGAAUUCUCGGAAAUACAUCGAGGUCACAUCCUACACCGGCAGCCGGCCGCUGCAACACCGGUGAGCAAAUACGUCACUCGGAACUAUCCAUGUUCCGAUGGCGAGCACUAUUAUCCGCGGAGGUACCGCCGACGCUACAAGUCCGCUUGGAAGGCGCGCGACACUUCCGGCCUUGAGACGAAGGGCAGAUUCCGAUGUCGAAGACGGUUGGUCUACGGACGAUCUCCGAUCCGAUGAAGACGACGAGGAAGAUCUUUUCAUACCGCCAACACAGAUAGGUCACCUCUAUAUUGCGCUCGGAGACUACGCGGCCGUAGACGUCGGAGAGGCGUCCCUCUGUGAAGGCCAAACCGUACAGGUGAUGAGAAUCGGCUGUGCGGGUUGGUGGUACGUCCGAGGAGUUGACCAAGUGGUUGAAGGUUGGGUUCCCGCCUCCUAUCUAGGCGCGGUGGGCGUCUCACGACCGCCUCUCAACACCCGUUCUUCUCCAUCGAUUAGUAGUCAAGAUUCCGGUUGCGGAGUCGGACCUUCCGGACCAGGUCUCCGGCACACUUACAGCCGGAACAGUGUGGCAAGUAACCUGAGCACAACUUCUCUCGACCCAUAA